AUGGACUCUAGCGACGAGUUCGACAAGUUGAUCGCUAUCACCUCGACCAAAACUGACAUUCCAACCAAGUUCCUUAUGGAAUACAUUGAGCAAACAACUGAAGAGAUGAACAGCUACGUACCAGCGGCGAAGCCGGUUAAGGCCGACUGGAAACACCUCGAGAAGGUACUACCUGACGAAGGGGAGGGUCUAGGAGAACGCUGGCUGAACACUCGUGGCCUACAAGGACUAUACGAAAAGGAAGCCGACUGGUAUGAUGAAGAAUCACUUGAGGACUUCAAAGACACAAAGUGGAUGUUCGACAAGUACAUUGACCGGAUACAAAAAGCAACCGAUCUUGCCGAAAACCACUACAGGAACAAGAUAGGUGUAAAUCAGAAGGCAGACAUCAAUGCUCGCAACCUACGCCGGUUACAAGACAGGUUACAGGGAGCCGAAGAGAAGUUGUUCGGACUCAAACUAAAGAGGGCCAAACUAGACGAAAGCGUGGACAGACAACUCCUGGCACUCAAGUAA